UUGUUACUGUGCAAAAGCGUAGUUGCGGGACUAGUACUCAGGGCUCUGUGGCAUGUUCCACGUAGAGGACCAACUGACAACUCCAACUUUCACCGUUGGGUUGAGUUCCCCCGGCCACCACACCGGAGCCUCUUCAGUGACGCCCCCUGCCGUAAACCCCGCCCCCUGAAUACGCUGAGCCACCACUUCCGCCCUCGCCUUCUACUGAGCAAGAUGGCUGAGGAGUCGGAGUCGACGCUGCAGCUUCCUCCCUCAACCGCUGCUGAAGGCGAAGGACCUACGGAGGUCUCCCCAGAGACAGCCACUCCGGAGCCCCCUUCUUCCGCUGCGGUCUCCCCGGGGACAGAGGAGCCUGCCGGCGACACCAAGAAAAAAAUUGAUGUCCUGUUGAAAGCUGUGGGAGACACCCCUAUAAUGAAAACAAAGAAGUGGGCUGUAGAGCGAACCCGAACCAUUCAAGGACUCAUUGACUUCAUCAAAAAGUUCCUUAAGCUUGUGGCUUCUGAACAGUUGCAGCCCCAUGAAGCACCGGUAUUGUUAUUUUCCACAUCUACAAAUAAGGAAAUAGGUUUAUUUAUGUCAAUCAGUCCUUUGCCCCCUCUCCAGACCAGGAAGUUGGAACCCUCUAUGAGUGUUUUGGCAGUGAUGGUAAACUGGUCCUGCAUUACUGCAAAUCUCAGGCCUGGGGAUGAAGUACAGAGAAAAAGUUCUUCCUACCCAAAUGAAUCUUUGCAAAGCGAACAGCUCUGGAAAAAGUUGAUACUUGUGACAAGAGACUUGUGUAUGUGCUUUACACAGCAUGUAUCUACUAUGAAUCGUGUUUAUGCAUAAAGAAAUCCAUAGAGUAGAUGGACUCACAAAAAUAUGAUUUGUAUUAAUACACAAAUCAUAAAAGUUUGGCUUUACAAUAUACCCAUGAACUACAGCUGUUCCAGGUUGGCCACCAAGUAGUUGAAAAAGGAGACCAAGACUGUAGAAGGCUGCUUUUCUACCAGUUUUCACUGACUGAAAUUGUUUACUUGUAGAAAGAACACUCUGCUGCUUUUUUUCCCCAUUGUGAAAGUCAGUUUUCUGAAGGAUUCUUUCUGUGUGUAUUCAGUGAAGUUCAAUUUGAGGUAUGGGUAUGCCUUUUCUCAUGUACAGUUAGGAAAUAGUCCCAUUGUCCUGCUGGGUUUAUGUCUUACACAGUCCAGUAGAGGGUAGCCUAGCUGGCAGACGGAGUUAAGGAGUUUGGUUUUAUAUCUUUGCCAUAUGAUAGUGGAGGAAAAAAGCAAUUCCUGCUAAUUUUUAGCAGACAACUAGCCAAGAGAGCAUGCGUGUUGAUACACUGGAAAGCUGCUUUAGAGAAUAUGCGUGGUUUAGAAAUAUUUUAUUGGGAAACAAGGAAUUUUACAAAUUCUGGACAAUUAAGUCAUAGAACUCUUUUCAGUCCUUUUGUUUAAAUGAUUGUGAGUCCUAAUGGUUGUAACUGGUGUUAUUUUAUGUCUUAUUUUUACACUGUCAGAAGCACUCAGUAAACCUAGCAACAUCUUUUGAGUUUUUUACAAUGUUUUUAAAGUUGAAGACACUUGAAUAAUUGGACAGCCUUAGAUUCUUUUUUUUUUUUUUUUAAAGAUUUUAUUUAUUUAUUUGACAGAGAGAAAUCACAAGUAGAUGGAGAGGCA